AUGGACGACCAGUAUAAAAGCCGAUCCGGGUCUGGCGCUGGAUUCCAUCUCUCGCCCUUCUCCUCCUCAUACUCACACCCAUACAACAACGCGUGUACCAAGCCCGUCAAGAAAGCCACGGGAAAGAGACAACCAAGCGAGAGUAAAUAUACGUCUACGACGCAGAUCCUCGAGAAGAACAGGACGUCGAGCAGACAUCCGACCACUCCAAAUCCGCGCAAGCAUUCCAAAAUGCCAAAGUGUGCAUACUGCGGGAACCAGUCCGACCACUACUCGUGCAAUUGCGGGUCGGAAUAUGCCAGCACGUCGUCGGUCGAUCAGAACCCCACGUCGUUGAACGACCCCAAGCCAGAGAUGGGCGUCUCGGCCUCGGUCGCAGGGAUGAGGUCGGGUUCUCCGUCGUAUACGUCGACUCAAUCCAAGCAUUAUGUCGGUAGUAAGGGCAGUGGGUCCUCGAGCAGUCGGGAUCGGAGAUGA